AUGGACAACAACAACAACAAAAUCGUUUACAAGACACGCGUUGCGUUCAAAGUCAUGAACUUUGCUAAACAAUUGGACACCAAUUGGACAAAUGUGACAGUUAUUAGUAGUGAUAAGUUUAUGAUUGGAUCGGAUGAAUGGUAUUGUAAUAUUGAGUUUGUAGAUGAAUCGGUUGGUCUGUAUUUACAGUUGUCCUCGAGUAAUGAACUACCGAUUGAAACACAAUAUGAGUUUUCAGUCAUUGACACGAAUAACCAAUUGUUUGCUAAAAAAAAGAUUCAAAAAACAUUUGAUGGUAUUAUCAGUUGGGGUAUCCGAUCGUUGAUUACAAGACAACAAUUGUUGGACAAUAAGGAUAGACUAUUACCGUAUAAUACACUAACAGUUGGUAUCGAUGUAAUGGUUUACAAGAAUAAUAGCAGUUUUGCCACAAAGAAUCAUCGAUUCAAACAAUUGUUUUCUGUCAAAGAACUAACUGAUUGUCGACUGAUUGUAGGCAAAGACAAGAAAGUGUUUUAUGCCUCAAAACUACUUCUCAGUUCAAAUUCAGAGGUCUUCGAGAAGAUGUUUACCACUGAUUGUAAGGAAAAGAUAACCAAUGAAGUGGUCAUCGAUGACAUUGAGAGCAAUGUUUUCGAUCAGUUCUUGAAUUAUCUCUACACUGGAAAGUGUAACAAAUUGGAUGAAAUGACUGAAGAGUUGCUAUACGUUGCCGACAAAUAUAUGGUAUCGUCGCUGAAGACUAUUUGUCUGAAUUUGAUUUAUUUGCAAAUCAAUGAUAGAAAUGCUUUGCAAACACUGAAACUGUUUCAAGACUUUGGCGCCGAUAAAGAACUGGUGAAAAAAGUUAGCGAAUCUUUUGCUGAAAAUAUUACUUCAGUUUUAAGACAAGAGUUUAUCAAACAUUUUGCCAUUGAUUCAGAAAAUAUGUUACCAAUUGUCGCACAUUUAGUAAAUCAAUUGACUAAACCUAAGACUAAACUAAUAGUGGCGCAGUGGAAGCGUGCUGGGCCCAUAACCCAGAGGUCCGUGGAUCGAAACCACGCUCUGCUAUAA